GUACAUCUCUAGAUAAGAAGCUAAUAAACGAAAAUAAAAAAUCUGUUUUCCUGUGCACAAGUUAUAUCAUUAAUAAUGUGCAAGGGAAGUGUUUCGUUAGUUUGUUCUGUUUUUGUGUUAAUUGUACAAAUACAAAAUGCUGAAUUUCGCGCGUACGAAGAGAUUGCAGUAGUUGAACCAGCAAUUGCAGCUGCAAUCACAGCAAAUCACGAUAAGCGUAAAAAUGCACGUUCGAUGAUUUGCUAUUGCGAUGGUAGCUGCCCGAACAAUGUAAGCAACGGUACCUGCGAGACACGACCAGGUGGCAGUUGUUUCAGCGCCGUCGAAGAGGUAUACGAUGAGACAACGGGCACAUAUGAGGAGGAGCGCACCUUUGGCUGCAUGCCUCCCGAGGAUAAUGGCGGAUUGUUAAUGUGCAAAGUAUCAGUUAUGCCCUAUUUACAUGGCAAGAACAUUGCCUGCUGUGACGAGAAGGACUUGUGCAAUCGUGAGCUGCAGCCAGAUUUCAUGCCUAAGCUGACGACCCCACCACCCGAACUGCCCGUCAGCCAACCAUCAAUUCAUGUAGUACUGGCCAUCAUUGUGAUCGUCUGCGUAUUUAUUGUGUUAUUCGUCGUACUGUGCGUGGUCUUCAAGCGUCGCAGCAAGCUGCGAAAGCAACCACGUUUGAUCAACUCCAUGUGCAACUCUCAGAUAUCGCAGUUGGUCGAACAAAGCUCAGGUUCAGGUUCAGGUCUGCCGCUCCUAGUGCAACGCACCAUUGCCAAGCAGAUUCAAAUGGUGCGCCUCGUUGGCAAGGGACGCUACGGAGAGGUGUGGCUGGCCAAAUGGCGUGAUGAACGAGUCGCUGUAAAGACCUUCUUCACCACCGAGGAGGCGUCCUGGUUUCGUGAAACGGAAAUUUAUCAAACUGUGCUAAUGCGACACGAGAAUAUUUUGGGAUUCAUUGCAGCUGAUAUCAAGGGAAAUGGCAGCUGGACACAGAUGUUAUUGAUCACCGACUACCACGAAAUGGGCAGUCUACACGAUUAUCUCUCCACAUCGGUGAUCAAUCCACAAAAGCUUCAGCUGCUCGCCUACUCCCUGGCAUCUGGCUUGGCACAUUUGCACGACGAAAUCUUUGGCACACCGGGUAAACCGGCCAUAGCCCAUCGCGAUAUCAAAAGCAAGAAUAUAUUGGUGAAGCGGAAUGGACAAUGCGCUAUUGCUGAUUUUGGAUUGGCUGUUAAGUACAUCUCGGAACUAGAUGAGAUACACAUUGCACAGAAUACGCGCGUCGGUACACGUCGCUACAUGGCGCCAGAGGUUCUUGAUCAGACGCUGAAUCCACAACAAUUCGAGGAAUUCAAACGUGCUGACAUGUACUCUGUGGGUCUUGUUCUCUGGGAAAUUGCUAGACGUUGCUAUACGCCUAUAUCGGGCACAAAGACAACCUCUUGCGAGGAUUAUGCCUUGCCAUAUCAUGAUGUGGUGCCUUCAGAUCCCACAUUUGAUGAUAUGCAUGCCGUUGUCUGCGUUAAGGGCUAUCGACCGCCCAUACCCAUGCGCUGGCAGGAGGAUGAUGUGCUAGCCAGCGUCGCGAAGAUUAUGCAGGAAUGCUGGCACCCGAAUCCAACGGUGCGUUUAACGGCGUUGCGUGUUAAGAAAACACUUGGACGCCUCGAAGCAGACUGCCUUAUCGAUGUGCCUAUGAAAAUUGUUUAGGGAACCUACUACUAGAGAGCGCACCCUAACUGAACUUUAUUUUAUAUAUAUACA